AUGGACGACACAAGUGAUCCAUCUUUGAUCGAGCAAUUUGUGAACAUUACAGGUGCUACUGAAAGUAGAGCACAAACAUUACUGAACGCUUGCAACGGUAAUUUAGAAAUGGCAAUUGGUAUGCAUUUAGAGGAAGCAGAAUCCUCCGGAAAUCAUACUCAAGGAGAGAGCACAAGUCAUCAGUGUGUUGGGUGAGUUGAGACGGUUGGACUAUGGAUUUUAUAAAUAUUACUGUACUUUAUGUGAAAUAUUUUAAAAAAUCCUUUUUAGCGAAAGGUUUUCAAAUUAAAUGUUUGUUUUCAUCUCUUAAAAGGCCAAUUUACAUUUUAAGAGAUAUGUAUUGAGGGUGGUAAAGGGGAUUUUGCAUAUAUAAAAUUGAACUUUUAACGUGAAAUUUUAAAAGUAUUUAAUGCCUUUUUAAUCCGUUAGCCUGUUUUUACGUUUUCGAAAAUAAUUUAACCACUGAACUCAACCUUGAAAGACAUUUUUAAAACCACAACAAUCUGUGCCAGUGUAGGUGGUACAAAAAACACCAGAACAUAACAUUGAGAUGGAUAGGGUUAUAACACCUCGUGUGGACAUUACACACAAACUCUGUGCACACGACACUCGAAACUGCUAGACGCUUCAUGUGUAUGUACAACCUGCAGUCAGACUACAUUCAUGCUUGUGUCAGGUCAAACUACACAAAGUUUGUGUGUAGUCAGCAGGCCUCGAAUUUCCCUGAAAUCAAUCGACGGCAAUUGCCGUGGAACGUAACAGCUGUCUACGGCAACUUUGGCAGUUUCCACUGCAUUUUGAGACUAAAAUAGUGAUUUACGCAUGAUUUGAUCAACAUCAGUGGCGUGCUGGCAGGGGGGCCAGGGGGCCAUGGCCCCCCCAGCUGGCAAUUCUUGCAGGGCGCAAAAAUGAAAAGGGGGUGCCGAUCCCGUGCCGAAUUUUGAAAGUGGGUGGGAAAAAACGAAUUCAAAAAAAUAUAGUUACUUUCGCCGAGAAAAGAUGUGUUUAUAGGCUUAUAAACAGACUAAGCGCAUAUGCGACAAAGUGAUAUACAGUGUAUUAAAUUAUACAGACUAUUUGGUCUAACCGUAUUUUGCUAAUUUGCUACCACGGCUCACACGAAAUCGUUCAUAUAGAAACAUGAACUGUGAUCACACGCAAUGUCUCAUCACCGGAAUAUUGGUCAGGUUUCGAAACGAUCACGGGAAUCAUGCCCUUUUUUGCUGGUAUUAUGCCCUUUUUUGCUGGUAUUAUGCCCUUUUUUGCUGGUAUUAUGCCCUUUAUUAUGCUUCACGAAUCACGAGAGCGGUGCAAAUUAGAUAGUUUAACUUUAAGUUAUGAUAAUGUAAAGUUGUGUACGCAAUUUAGUUGUUUGCGCUAGAAACAUCAUGAGUAAUGAAAUAAUGCUGAAACGCGCCCUUUUGGCAGCCAGGCAGGGAAACCUUAAAAUGCAUAUGCGUGGGGUCCGUGUGUUAUUGUAUAAAAGAGCUGUAUGUUGUAAAUGUACUCAAGAUCACUAGAUCAGUAGAGAAUAGAAUUGGGAUUAGAUUAAUCGCUGGAAGUUGUUAGCAUUGCAUAAUAUAAGUACUACUACCACUAAAUUCAAACCAAAUUGCAAAUUUCGACACGUUAUAAUGCCGUUUCCUGACCAUCAGAUUUCUGUCAAAUCUUCCCCCAAAGUCCAGGAAAUGGCAUUUCAGGGACUCUAAAUUCAAAAAUUUCCUGGGGGGCUGCAUGCCCCCGGACCCCCCUAUAGACAAAUCUCGCACCUGAGGCGCUCGGCUCGUGCCUUCGGCCCUCGUUUAUCAAGCGAAACAUUAUAGGGGCGCAUAUUUGUUGACAGCCCACUGGCCCCCCCAGAAAAGUACUACCCAGCAGUACGCCACUGAUCAACAUCUGAAUUCAAGUAUCAAAGAUAAAAAUUGCACUAUACGGCAAAAAAUUGCUGUUGUUGCUGCAAUGUAACAUGUUGAAUGUUGUUGCGGCAUUUUGUUCUCCCUCUACGGCAAUUGCCGCGAUAAAAUUCGAGCCCUGGUAGUCAGUAUACAUACACAAAAUAUUUGCAUGUAGGUGUAAAUUAUGAUAUAUCUCGGUUUUGACAAUACAAAGGUUUAUUUAAAAAUAGUGGAGGCGAAACCAAGAUUCAUAAUUAAUUGUGUAAACGUUCUCUGGUUAAAAAUAUUUGUUAUAAACUUUCGACUGCCAGUCUGCAGUCUUCAUUAAUCUACCCAUCGAAGACUGCAGGCAGUCAAAAACUGCUUAUUUUAGCCACAAAAUUGUCUAAAUCUGAAAAAUAAAAUUGGUGACCUAUCUUUUCCACCUCAUAUAUCAAUAGAGCAUGAUAUUCUGCAAAUAUUGAGAAAAUGUAAUACAAUUCUUUACAGUGCAAUUUUUUUAAAAGAGAAAAUUUUAUUACAAGAUUUCCACUGUAAAGAUUUUUUAAAAUUUGAAAUAUAUAAUGUUUGUGAUGUUACUCUGAGUGUGCGUCCACACUGGGCAAGCAGAAAAGUUUGCCUGGUCACCACGGUGGGAAACAAACCCGCGACCUUUGGGAUACUAGUCCAAUGCUCUGUGUCGGCAUCUGGCAUUGAACUAUGAGGUCAGGUCGGUUCUUCCCACCGUGGUCAAGCAAACUUUUCAGCUUGCCCGGUGUGGAUGCACACUCAGAGUAACAUCACGAACAUCAUAUUCACCUGAGUACAUAACAUCAUUCAUCAACACACACAGAAAAUUGAAAUAUAUAAUAUUUACUAAAAUUAAAAUUUGUGGUCAAAAAUUUGAAGAUAGGCUACUGAUGAAAAUAAUGGGUCGCUCCAGAAAAAAUCCACACUCCCCCCACAGAGCAAUUUCUGCCGUCCGAAGGGGAGGGGAGAAAAAAAUGUUUCUAAUAAAAGCAUAUGUAUUAGGACAUCCGAAGGGGGUAGGGGGGUUAACGUCCAAUUUCCUCCGUGGGGGAGGUAUGGAUGUUUUCUGGAAUGACCCAAUGAGUAAAAUGCAAUUCAAGUUGAAAAAACCCAUUGUGUAGCUCACAUAAUUCUCCAAGUAUGUCAAAGUGUCGCUGAUUAGUGAAAGAUUGUACACAUGCAGGCGCAGAACGAGCUUUCAUCCAGAAAUCGAGUGGCAAUAAGAGUGACUUGUACAAGUGACUUGUACAGUAGAGUAUUGACUAUGCGAAGCAUUGCUUUGUGACUAGUUUUUUGGUCUAUUUGUAUCAUAUCAUACAGGCAUGCAAAAUUGCUAUGUAUGGACUCGCAUAUUGAUUUGGCACUCAAAACGAAGGAUUCCUCGAUGCUUUUUUACAUUAUAAACCUUUCAUAAAUAGCAUUUUUUCUAAAAAAAGCCUGGCCUAUUUUUGUUUUGUUUUGAUCGUGUAGUUGCGUGGGAUAGUCCCAUAGAAUAAUAAUAUAUAUCUAUGGAUAGUCCAUGUACUAGUCCUGUGAAUAUCCUGUAUACUACUGUAGGGAGCCUCCUUAAGAACAUGCAGUUGAUAAGAAAUAAUAGGAAAGUUAACUAGGACUAAGUUAGUAAGUAAAUUUCAGCAUUGAGGGAUCUGCAUUGACUACACACAAACAAACAUUGACUACACGCACUACAAGCAAAUGCUGUACUACAUGCAAAUGCUGUACUACAUGCAAACCCAACUACAUGCAAGUGACUUGUACAGUAGAGUAUUGACUAUGUGAAGCAUUUAGUCUAUUGCUUCAUGUAGUUAUGAAUUUACUACACAAAGAUAUGUUCAAACGAUUUUGCGUGUAGACUACACACAACUUAGUCCACGAAGGAUGAUGUUACAAUACUUAGGGGCGGCACUGUACAGUUACUACAGUAGUUAAAUCCCUAUCCAUCUCAAUUUCUGGUAUUUUUAAAACCAACCGAUACGUAUAUCUACAGUAGUAAAAAUCAAGAAUAUACUUAUAUGCAUGCAUGCUGUAAAAUUGUUAAAUCAAAGCAUUGCUCUUCUUCACAUUCUCACUUCUUAGUACUCAUCCAAUACUCUUUGUUCUACUGUCCUCAAAUAAAUUAUCGUCCAAGACAAAGGAUUAAGGGCUUUCACGGCUCACAGCUACAUAGGCAUGUGAAUAAUUUUUCACAACACAAAAAAUCUGUCAUUUCACAAGAACAAAUUUUUGCAUACAACCCUCUGUAUAUGAUAUACCGGCACCUACCUUAGUUUUAACAUUAUAUGCUGCACCUUGCAUCUGUGGAUGAACAGCUGCAGAAUGAUGAGUCCAUCCUCACAUGAAACGUACGUCAUUGCUUGUGAUAAGGCCAAUGGCAGUAAGGUACUGUAUCAACUUGCUGUAUACCUGACAAAAAUAUUUUUUGUGUGGACAUUUUUCAUUAUUCAUUAUUGUCUUUGAAUGUUAACAGUCUAACUUCGUCAUGAUUAAUUAUUAUCCUCAUCUUUGAUUUUGGUAGCUUAUGAAGCAAUAUAUCUUUAUUAAACUAUGACUAUGUUUGAAUAUAAGUUUGACAAAUAUGAAUUGCAGUUGUUCAAAUUUCUGCCUAUAUUGUCAUAUUGUUUGAGGAUGGAUUUUCAAAGCCUGUUAAUGUAUUUUAAAAAUGCUUAAUACAAUCUUAUUUCUAUUAAAAAAAUAGUGAAGAUGAUGUAAGAGCUCCCAUUCCACAGACAAGAGGUGUUUUAGUGGAAGGUCCAUAUAGUAGAGGUAAAUACUUUGAACCUAGCUUGAAUAUAUUAUAUAAUGAUUUG